AGUAACCGUCCCAGUGUUUGGAAUACUCCCGCGAAUAUUCCUGUUUCUCUAUUUCUUUCUCCUUUUAAAACUCCUCACCACCUCUUCUCCUCCUCCUCUCUCUCCACCUGUCUCGUUAUUCUGGACUUCAUCCCUCGGAAACCCUAGCACCGAAGAUCACGAGAACAUAAAUGAGGCCGAAUUAAUGAAUCCCUAGAAAAUGGUGUCGAUGUUGUUAUCAGUGCCUGCGGUUGUUUCGACCUGUCUGUUGCUGUUUCUAGCGAACCUCGUUGGGAACGUCCGUGGAGGCAUCCCAACGACGCUUGACGGUCCUUUCAAGCCUGUCACAGUCCCUUUCGACGAGAGCUUACGUGGGCAUGCCGUCGACUUGCCGCCAACGGACCCUCGCCUCAUCAGGCGCGUUAAGGGGUUUGAGCCGGAGCAGAUCUCUGUCGCCCUCUCCGCGACGUAUGAUUCUGUUUGGAUCUCUUGGAUUACAGGGAAAUUUCAAAUUGGAUACAACAUAAAGCCAUUGAAUCCUAAAUCUGUUGCCAGUGUUGUUCACUAUGGGAAGUUGAGAUUUCCAUUAAGUCAUGAAGCUAGAGGAAACUCUCUUAUUUACAACCAGCUUUAUCCCUUUGAAGGCCUCCGGAAUUACAGUUCAGGAAUUAUACAUCAUGUUCGUCUAACAGGUUUGAAACCUGACACACUAUAUUAUUAUCGGUGUGGAGAUCCUUCAAUUCCAGCCAUGAGUGAUAUUUAUUAUUUCAAGACUAUGCCAAUUUCUGGUCCAAAAAGCUACCCUGGAAGAAUUGCAGUGGUGGGAGAUCUGGGUCUUACAUAUAAUACAACAUCCACAAUUGAUCAUUUGAUCAGUAAUAAACCAGAUCUUGUUCUAUUAAUUGGUGAUGUAACUUAUGCAAAUCUGUAUCGCACAAAUGGAACUGGGUCCGACUGCUACUCAUGCUCAUUUCCAGAUACUCCCAUACAUGAGACCUAUCAACCUCGCUGGGAUUACUGGGGAAGGUUUAUGCAACCUCUGGUGUCAAGAGUUCCAAUAAUGGUUAUAGAAGGAAACCAUGAGAUAGAAGAACAAGUUGAGAGCCGUACCUUUUCUGCUUACAGUGCUCGUUUUGCAUUUCCAUCUGAAGAAAGUGGAUCUUUAUCUACAUUGUACUAUUCAUUUAAUGCUGGGGGAAUACAUUUCAUUAUGUUGGGGGCAUAUGUUUCUUACAAGAAGUCAGGGGAUCAGUACAGGUGGUUGGAGGGAGACUUGGCUAAUGUUAAUAGAUCGGUAACUCCAUGGCUUGUAGCUACUUGGCACCCACCUUGGUAUAACUCAUACCAAGCUCAUUACAAAGAAGCAGAGUGUAUGAGGGUGGAGAUGGAAGAAUUACUAUACUCUUAUGGUGUUGACAUAGUAUUGAAUGGACAUGUACAUGCAUAUGAGAGGUCAAAUCGAGUUUAUAAUUACUUGUUGGAUCCUUGUGGUCCUGUUCAUAUCACGAUUGGAGAUGGGGGCAAUCGAGAGAAAAUGGCAAUCAAACAUGCUGAUGCACCUGGUAACUGCCCAGAUCCAUUGAGUACGCCAGAUGAAUAUAUGGGUGGCUUCUGUGCUACUAAUUUUACAUCAGGUCCAGCAGCAGGAAAAUUCUGCUGGGACCGACAACCUGAUUUCAGUGCAUACAGGGAAAGCAGCUUUGGCCAUGGGAUCCUUGAGGUGAAGAAUGAGACUCAUGCUCUAUGGACAUGGCACCGAAAUCAAGAUAUGUACAAUACUGCUGGAGAUCAGAUUUAUAUAGUGAGGCAACCAGAUAAGUGUCCAACACAACCAAAGGAGAUUGAUCUCUGGGAAGCUCGUCCUUUACUUGAAGAAGAAUGAGGGACAAAUUGAAUAAACAAGGCAUCAAUUUAUUUUUAUUUUUAUUUUUAUUGAGGGGUCCAGAGUCAUUGGAUUCUGCCAAAUUGGAGCAUUGAAAAAUAGAACAAAGAACAAAUCCAGCAAUCUCAGUAGAAAGGAAGUCAAAGGACAGCAGGUCCCUAACAAUCCUAGUGUUAAAUAUAAGAAAAUCAGUUUGGAUUUGUCUUGUUCAAGUAAAUAGGAAUGAUGGUGAGUACUAGAUCUUUGUAUAUAUUAACAAUAUCUUGUAAAUUGUUCAGUCAUACUGAGCACAUGCAUAUGCAUGCUUAAAAUUUUAAGCUUCCAAGGGAUUAUGUAUUGAAAUUUAAAAGAACAAAGCAAUCCCAUAAACUUGUGCAUA